GUGAGCCAGUAACUGCUAUGUAUGCUUUUAUUAAACACCACAAACGAUCACAUGAAGUCAAUAUGUUGUACACUGGCACGCGUACGUGUAUCACAGGGAUGCUGUGAGACACGGUUUUCCCCUCGGAGGACGUCGACUGGCUCCGUCCCCCCUCGUCCUGCCCUCCUGGACUCGGAACGGUCUGGAGUCCAGAGUGUCACAUCUCUCCAGAGCGCAGCCGUCCGUUCCUCCACGAUGUCUCCGCUCAUUGCCCGCCUGCUGCUGCUGCUUGUCUGCUUGGCUUUACCUCUUUACGGCGUGGAAAAGGUGAGAAAUAGAGGAUACCGAAAGGAUCCUGACGCCGACAAGUGCACUGGGAACGACGCAGAAAAGCCCAACUGCACUAGACACUCUGGAGAAGGAAGAUCUGCUUAUUUGAACAACAUGCUUGGCAGUUGCAUUCAGGGACCAGCGGGCACCGCUGGCAGGGAGGGGAACCCAGGAACCAACGGCAUCCCGGGGACGCCGGGCAUCCCUGGCCGCGACGGGCUCAAGGGCGAGAAAGGCGAGUGCGUCAACGAGGUCUUCGAGGAGCCCUGGAGGCCCAACUACAAGCAGUGCGCCUGGAACUCUCUGAAUUAUGGCAUCGACCUGGGUAAAAUAGCCGACUGUACGUUCACCAAGCUGCGUACCGACAGCGCCCUCAGAGUCCUCUUCAGUGGCUCCCUCAGGCUCAAGUGUAAGAACGCGUGCUGCCAGAGGUGGUACUUCACCUUCAAUGGGGCGGAGUGCACUGCGCCCCUGCCCAUCGAGUCCAUCAUCUACUUAGACCAGGGAAGUCCGGAGCUCAACUCCACCAUCAACAUCCACAGAACGUCCUCGGUCGAAGGGCUGUGCGAGGGUGUCAAAGCAGGGCUGGUGGAUGUGGCCGUGUGGGUGGGGACCUGCGCCGACUAUCCCAGAGGAGACGCAUCUACAGGGUGGAAUUCAGUAUCCAGGGUUAUCAUUGAGGAACUGCCCAAAUAAAAAAAUGUUUUAAAAAAAAGAAGAAAGUUCCAUGUAAGGGAAGGACCAGUCCUGGUCGUGUGGCAGUAUGUUAUUAUUCAGGUACGGUUUGCUGAGGCGUCACAGCAUCGCGGAUGGGAAGUUGAAGGAGUGUCAUUCUGCCUAGAAAUAACCUUUGUACUGUAGCUUCACUGCUUUUGGGUGCUGCUGUUGGUACACAGUAACCAUUUACCAGACAUUGUGACAAUACAUUGACGAUAUUUUUUAACUCUGUACUCAUGUGAAAUGUUUAUAUCAUUAUUACUGUUAAUAAAGUCACAUUUUUGGAGGGGUUGAAUUGAACCAAAAA